AUGUACGAUUGUAAUUUCAAAGCAGCGAGAUGCGUUUUGGUUCAACACCCGGCCUCUUCAAACGUACCAAUUACAAAUGCGAAUUCGAGCAGAACCACUUAUGUAAAUGACAGAUUCGUCUUCUGGGCGUGGCAGGGUCUCACUAGUUGCCUACCAAACGCCCUCUUAUCCAUCACUUUCAAAGCUUCUCUUUUCAUGGAUCCCUCUUAUGAUUCAUAUUAUUGUGAAGAGCCUGAAGAACGCCAAACUGCGUCUGUUCGUGAAAGAAAGAGGAUGUGCAGUAUCAACGUUGCAUUCAUCGAACUCCGUAAUUAUAUCCCAACAUUUCCGUAUGAAAAACGCCUUUCCAAAAUUGAUACUUUGAACUUGGCAAUUGCAUACAUCAACAUGCUCGAUGACGUUCUACGAACACCAGAAGACUCGGGAAAAUAUAUCCAGAAAUGUGUUCACAUGGCGAGAACAGGGCAAUACGGAGCACCAUCGUGGAGUACUAGCGACUUGCUGGCUCGUCUUAACUGGAUCAAGUGGAGACGCCUUGGAAUCGAACCGAUUGCAUAA